CUCUCCUCCUUUGAAAUUUGAAAGCAUAUUUUCUUUUUCUGAAAACACUUUUAAAGCAUACUUUCAAUUCUCCAUUAACAAUAAAACACUUCCGACCAACACUCGUCCAUGAAACAGCUUCUCAGUUUGUCAUGCUGGCUUAACUUUUGAGGCUUGUCCAUGGGAAAGAAACAUAGUGUUCGUUUUCAGAUUGGUCAGUUGGCUGAGGCCAGGACUUUUGUUAGUGGUUUUCGUGGUGCGUGGUUUCGGUGUAAGAUAAAGAAGAGUACCACAAGAAAAGGUCGGAUUACAGCUUAUGUUGUAGAAUAUUAUGACUACCCAGAGGAAGCCGAUGAAACGGUAGAUCUAUAUCGCCUUCCCCCAGAGAGCAGUAAUGGACAUAAGGCAAAAAAAGAGCUGAUGUUGCGCCCACAAUUUCCAGCUUUUUAUCGCGAAAGUGAAUUACCUGAUGUUAACGUAACGUCUGAAGUCAUAGUUGCAGUUGCUGAUGUUAGGAGAGUUGGAGAUUUGGUGGACUGGUUAACUGAUGGCUGUUACUGGUCAGGAACAAUAACUGAAAUCAUAGACAAUGACACGGUUCAGAUUAAAUUACUAGAGCCACCCAGAGGUGAAGGAUCAUCUUAUACUGUCAAUUGCAAGGAUCUCCGCCCAUCACUGGAUUGGUCUCCUGAAUCUGGUUGGACAGUCCCUGUACCUUUGGAAACUCAAAACGGACAAUUGCAUGCCCGUUUGAUUCAGCCGUUGAAGCAAGCCCGGACUUCAAAAUGCUUGUUUGAUGUGCUGAAUGAAGACAAGCAGAAUGUCAAGGUCACACCAAGGUCCUCAUUGCAGUUUAAUCAGUCAAUCUCUUCUCAUACUUCAGCUAGCUCAUUGCCACAUCUAUACAGAUCAAUACACUCCAAGGAUUCAUUGAAGCAGCGCGAAGAUACUCCUAAAAAAGCAAUGGAGCAAACACAUGAGGUAAAUGCGGAGUUGGAUAUAAGGGGGUCAACCAUUGGGAAGCAUAGUUGUUCAGAUGGUGUUUCCAGUACGUAUGUUCGAGAUGUUUCAGCUGAAGCCCCAGUAGCUACUUCUGACGAAGAACAGUAUCAUGAAAAAGGAUCUGCAAAGAAAAUGCGGUUGAAUGAGACAAUAACUCUAAAUUCUACUGGCUGUGAUGACAUAGAAUCAAUAAUCUUGGAUUUGGAAGAACUUGUAAAUAGGGUCAAAUGGCUGAAACAGAUGCUGAAGUUUGGAAUUCCUUCAACUCCUCAAGGUCCAACAUGGGAACAUAUGGAACGCCCUGCAGUUUCUACUCGAAAAUGAGCACUUAGACUUGAUUUUGAUUUGGGAAUGGGCUGCUUCUGUCAUUGGUGUAAAAUCAGUUUGUGAGAUAUAUGCCAUUAACUUCAAUGUGAAUGUUUGGGCUUGGAGAAUAUGUAUAGAAGCAGGAUUUCUAAAUGCUUGAGCACCUCAAGUAUUGGUUUAUUCGUGUCAGAGCCUUGACCUCUUGCAUCUAUCAACUUUGUAUUCCACUUCUGACCGCUCCUCGAGUAGUGUAAAAGGCCUAGAAGCUGAUCCUAUAUGAGAUUGAUUUGCGUGCCGUGUAUCUUCAAAAUCAGUUGUAAAUUUAUGUGCAGGCUUAAGCUAAAAAAUUUACACGCUCAUAAUUACAUUGAUUGUAGCAGGGUUCUUUUUACAUGAUACAGUAUUACAGGUGAUAGGCGUACAGAGAUUAAUGGUGAAUUUUUUUUUUAUAUCCUUCUUUCAACAUAUGUUCUAAGCUGCUCACGUCAAAUAGACUAGUUUGUUCUAUCAUUGGUAGUUUUGAGUUCAGUCAGUUUUGCAGAACCAAA